ACUAGUUCUACAAGCUGAGUCGAAUCAUUGCAUUUCACACGCACGUACUUUCUGUUAAAUUAAAUUUCGUAAAAUGAAACCUUAUUGUGUGGUGUUUUUACACGUUUUCUUGGCCGUAAAUAUACGCAUUACCUUGCAAUGCCCUUACAGCAAUCAAGACGCAAAAGCUGCAUACAAAUCUGGCGAGAUACAAGACCAGUCUCUACCGAUCACACUCGCCACUAUAAAAAAAAAGUUAAAAGAAACUAUGAUCUUCGAUUACGAGGAUCCAACGCUAAAUGACAGAGAGAAAAAAGAAUUAAACAAACUAUUUGACGCUGUUGAAAUUAUGACAACUUCCAGAGCUCGUCAACCGUUCAACGUGCAAAAUAUGUUCGCUUCACUACGGCUAGUGGAAAGGGCGGUUAAGAAACAACUAAAGGAGGGACAGAUAUCGGAAUCUUUGGCGUCCAAAUUCAAAUGGGACAAACUGUUAUUCAAAUCGCCAGAAGAGGGACAAACCGAUGUACUAUCUGGACAAACAGACUAACAUGCGAAUCUUUAACACGAUGACAUAGAAUAAAAAAA